AGGUGCUGUCGGGGUGCGGAGUCUACGACGGGACCGAGCUGCACGAGGCCUCCGCGGUGCUGGUGCACCUCAGCCGUGGUGGGGCUGAGGUCCAGAUCUUCGCUCCUGACGUCCGGCAGAUGCAUGUGAUUGACCACACCAAGGGGCAGCCUUCUGAGAGCGAAACCAGGAAUGUUCUGACUGAGUCAGCAAGAAUCGCCCGUGGCAAGAUCACUGACCUGGCCCAGCUAAGUGCAGCCAACCAUGAUGCUGCCAUCUUCCCUGGGGGCUUUGGAGCUGCCAAAAACUUGAGCACGUUUGCCACGGACGGGAAGGACUGCAAAGUCAACAAAGAUGUGGAGCGUGUGCUGAAGGACUUCCACAAGGCUGGGAAGCCCAUUGGCUUGUGCUGCAUUGCUCCUGUCCUUGCGGCCAAAGUGCUCCGUGGCGUUGAGGUCACUGUGGGCCAUGAGCAGGAGGAAGGUGGCAAGUGGCCAUAUGCCGGGACCGUGGAAGCCAUCAAAGCCAUGGGCGCCAAGCACUGUGUGAAGGAAGUGACCGAAGCGCACGUGGACCCAAAGAACAAGGUGGUCACCACCCCAGCCUUCAUGUGUGAGACUGCGCUCCACCUCAUCCACGACGGGAUCGGCGCCAUGGUGACGAAGGUGCUCGAACUCGCCAGGAAGUGACCCUCCUGGGCUCUGGAGGAGCUGGUGGCCUGUUUUCCCGCCCAGCUUGGAAUAUGGCAGGAGCUUGUUCUGCUGAUAGGACACACUUAGGGUCAGGCAAUGGGUGUGAGAGUGUCGUGCUCAGCUCAGCUCACCUUCCUUCCAGGGGAGGAGGGGAGCAGAGCCCACGCACUGGGGGAGGUGGCUGGUAGUCCCCCUGCCCAUAGGAUGAAGUAGCGACCGGAUCCUCAUGCACCCAGAGAGUUAGAAUCAGUGUCUGGUUUCUCAGGAAGCCGAUCAGGUAAAGAUGUGGCUUGCUUUAGAACACUUAGUGUUUGGAAGAGAAAAGUAACUUCAAGUUUAUAAAUCUAAUCAGAAAACUUGAAGCAUGGUUAUUGACAAUUAAAGAUUCUCUCAUCUGGACUAAAUGUGUACUAAUUAAAAUGUCACGAGGAUUUCUGUAGUGGGCAGCUACAUGUCGGGCCUUCUGAGACGGGCAAGUGAGGAAUGUGAGGUUUCUUCAGUUAGUCUCAGUUCCUUAAGUUCCUUGGGGAAGGAAAGUUGCAGAUACUCAGCCUGGGUGGGCCUGCUGGGUAUUCCCUGGUCUCAAGCAGCAGCCGACAGAAGAUGUAUUCAGAAGGAGCAGUAAAUUAUGUUGUGUUCCCUUA